AUGCCCUCCCUCCAAGACAGCAAGAUCGCCUUCAUCGGCGGUGGCAACAUGGCCUCCGCCAUCAUUGGCGGCCUAACCACCAAAGGCGUCAACAAAUCGAACAUCAUCGUCUCCGAGCCAUGGGAAGUCAACCGGGAAAAGCUCGCCGCAACAGGCGUCCAGACAACAACUGUGAAUGCCGAAGCGGGCGCCAGAGCCGACAUCGUCAUCAUCGCCGUCAAGCCACAAGUAGCUAAGAGCGUAUGCGAAGAGCUCGGCGCCUCAUGGGGCGAGCGGCAAUCCCUCCCCGUCGUGGUUAGCAUCGCGGCCGGAAUCACACUGAGCAGUUUGGAGGAGUGGUCGACGACUAAGGACGGGCGAUCUGCGCACGUUGUGCGCGUUAUGCCGAACACACCUGCGCUAGUUGGAGAAGGUGCAUCAGGUGCAUUUGCUAGUGCGACGGUAACGGGCGAGGAGAAGGAGCUUGUGAACUCGCUGCUGAGCAGUGUUAGCAAGGCUACUGAGUGGGUUGAGAAGGAGGAUCUGCUUGACGUUGUCACUGGUCUUUCUGGAUCUGGGCCUGCUUAUUUCUUUGCUAUGGUUGAGCAUCUUGUAGCUAGUGCUACUGCUUUGGGAUUGCCGAAGGAGCAGGCAACUCGCCUGGCUACUCAGACUUGUCUUGGUGCGGGCAAGAUGCUCGUUCAGUCGUCUGAUGAGCCUAGUCAACUUCGUAAGAACGUGACUAGUCCCAAUGGAACUACAUAUGCUGCUUUACAGACAUUCGAGGGUGAGGGAUUCCAGGAGAUUGUUGAUAAGGCUGUUCGGGCGGCUACGUCGCGGUCUGCUGAGCUUGGUGCGAAAUGA